GAAGGUGACUUCGGCUCCUUGACUGGGAAAGGCAUCUUGAUUGUCCUCGAGUGAGCUUGUUCCCGGAGGCAAAUCCAGUCCAUAGAACAAAUCUCACACCAACAGAGCAUCAUGUCAUCAAAUGGUAGCGCACCUAAAAAGAAGCGCCAGAGCUUGUUAUUCUCUGUCAAGGCCAUCUUCAAAGGUUCCAAGCCGCACACGGGCGCGGGACCUACUGAUGAGUCUCCAUGGGGAAACAAGGCUGGAAGGCCCGAAAGCCUACCCACCAUUCAUGAAGCCGUCCGGGACAAUGACAUUCCCGCGGUUGGCAGAGUUUUAGCGGCCUUCCCUCAUGAGCUGGCCGAAACCGAUAACCAGGGCAUGACCCCCCUGGCCCUUGCCUUCCUCCACGGCAACUUGCCCAUGGCAAAGCAUCUCCACGCCGCGGGAGCCUCUCCCCUCUCCGAGCAUAACAACGGAGAAUCGCUCGCCUGCUUCGCCGUUAUCGCCCAAAACCCAGCCCUUGUCCGCUGGCUCGCCAGUCUCAGUCAGACCGACCUCCUCUUUAACACCCCUGGUUUGGACGGCAACUACCCACUCCACCACGCCGUCCUCCGCAAGAACCUCGACGUAAUCCGGGCCCUCCUCGAAGGCGGCGCCGACCCCAACCUCCACGCCACGCAGUCCCCCGAUCCCACCACCUCAAGCACCUCAAUUACCACCACCACCGCCACCUCAAAGCCCCCCGGCAUUGGCACUCCCCUCUUCUACGUCCUCGACGCCUGCUGGGGCUCCUCCCAACCCCCCGCCACCCGUCUCGCCACCCUCCGCCUGCUCCUCCAGCACGGCGCCUCCACCACCAUCCCCCACGAGGUCGACGGCACCUACCCGCUGCACGAGGCCAUCAUCUCGGGCUGGCCGCGCGAGUUCAUCACCGCCCUGCUCGACCACGCGGGGACCACAACCACAACCACAACCACAACCACAACCACAACCACAACCACAACCACAACCAAACCAACCAUCACAUCCUCAACACCAACAACAACAACGGUAACUGCGGCAGUAAAGGAGAUGGUAAACACCGGCACAACCCGCGGCGCAGCCCCGCGCGAUGCCGCGCUGCGGGAUACCACGCCGCUGAUGUAUGCGGCCGGCACGAGCCGGCCGUGGCUGGUGCGGCUGCUGCUGGAGAGGGGUGCUGAUGCGCGUGCGGUGAAUGCGCUAGGGGAGACGGUGCUGCAUUGGGCGGCGGUGAAUGAGGCUGUCGAGCGUAUGGAUGGGUGGGGUGGGGAGAGUGGGGAGAGUGGAAUGGGUGGGGAGGAGGCGAGGGGGAGGGAGGAGGGCGGCGGUGAGGGCGGUGAGGAGGGUGGUGGGCAGGGGAAGAAGGAUGGUGGUCGGGAGGAGGAUAAGGAGGAUGGUGAGGGCGGUAGGAAGGGUGGUGGUGCCGAGAUCAUUCGUCUGCUGGUGCAGGACCAUGGCGUCGAUGUUAAUGUGCGCUGCCAUACCGCCUCUACUCCGCUACAUGGCGCGGCGUACCGCGGGCUGUUGGAUAAUGUCACCGCGCUGUUGGAGCUGGGCGCUGAUACUGCGGUGGUGGCGGAUGAUUUGCAUUAUGAGAAGUUGGUUGGGGUUGGGGGGACGGCGGAGGAGAUGGCGAGGGGGGGAGGGCAUCGGGAAGUGGCCGAGUUUAUUAGGGAGUGGGAUAGGACGCAUUCUCGGAAGGGGCUUGCUUAACAAGGGAUGGCGUGGGUAUUUCUGAGACUUCUGAGAGCUGUAAGGACUGCCUUGGGAGAGUUCCAUGGCCUGGAUCUAGGUUGACCGGGAAGCCACUUCUAUCAACCUCCGUCGACGGGCAGCAAGUUGCGGCUUGAGGUUAUGAAACUACCUCCUU